UUUCUGGAUGAAAUGAUGCGCCUCAACGGACAUGGAUCAGAGGGCAUCGCUUGUCAGUGUGGUGAUGUAUCACCUCAAUUCCGGUGUUGCGACUGUUUUGGAAUUCAAAUGUUCUGCAAUGCAUGCACGCUACGCAACCACACUUAUCUCCCUUUGCAUAGGAUCGAGAUGUGGAAUGGGUCUUUUUUUCAACGCAUCGCGCUCAAAAGCCUCAGAGUUUGCAUCCAACUCGGCCAUAACCCUGGAGAAAAGUGUUACAAUCCUGUUCCCUCUGCUGGUGAUGACUUUGUCGUCAUUGGACUUGAUGGUGUUCAUGAGAUCGCGCUGGACUUCUGUGGCUGCGCUUCAGCUCGGGUCUGGUACAAACAGUUACUACACGCGCGGUGGUACCCGGCAACCAUCUCAGAGCCUCGAACUGCAGCAACGUUCUCGGUUCUGCAGCAUUUUCACCUUCUAUCCUUCGAGAGCAAAGUGUUAUGA